AUGCACAUGUCGUCAGAAAUCGACCUCUACGAAAUCCUAGAAAUCGACCGCUCAGCCUCAAAAACAGAUGUGAAAAAAGCAUACCACAAAGCCGCUCGCGUCCACCACCCGGACAAGGUCCCCGAAUCCGAACGCGCUGCCGCAGACGACCGCUUCAAGGACAUCCAACAAGCAUACGAGAUCCUCUCCGAUGACCAGACCCGCGAAAUGUACGAUAUGCAUGGCAUGGCUGCCUUUGAAAAGGGAGGUGCCGGGGGUGGUGCAGGUCCGGAUCUUGAUGAUAUCCUAGCACAGAUGUUCGGGCAGGGUAUGGGUGGAAUGGGUGGUGGCUUUGAGGGUAUGGGCGGUAUGCCUGGUAUGGGAGGUAUGGGUGGCAGGGGACCGAGGAAGAGCAAGAAUGAAGUGCAGGAGUACGAAGUCAGUUUGGAGGAACUCUACAAGGGCAAAACCACACGCUUCGCUUCCACCAAGAACGUCAUCUGCGGAAACUGCGAAGGAAGUGGUGGUAAGGCGAAUGCAAAGCCAAAGAAGUGCGGCACUUGCGACGGCAGAGGCUCCAAAAUCGCCCUCCGCCCCGUCGGCCCCGGCAUGGUAACCCAAGAACAAGUCCAAUGCUCUACCUGCUCAGGCCGCGGCUCCUACUUCCCAGAUGACAAGAAAUGCAAAAAGUGCAAGGGCGCACGCACAACCUCCCAGCGCAAAAUCCUCGAACUCUACAUUCCACCAGGCUCGCGUCAAGGCGAUAAAAUCGUGCUUUCCGGCGAGGCAGAUCAAGUCCCCGAUCAAGAACCCGGAGACAUCAUUUUCGAGUUGGUCGAGACACCGCAUGAGGUGUUCCACCGCGCGGGAGCAGACUUGCAGGCGGAACUGAAGGUCAGCUUGCAAGAGGCGCUGACAGGCUUCAACAGAGUGGUGUUGAAGCAUUUGGAUGGCAGAGGCAUUUCGUUGCAUGUCAAGCAACCUGCGGGCCGCAUCCUUCGUCCCGGCGAGAUCCUCAAGAUCUCAGGAGAGGGUAUGCCUAUCAAGCGCUCAGAUGCAAAGGGUGACUUGUACCUCAUCGUAGACGUCAUCUUCCCCGAAGACGGCUGGUUGAGGGACGAAGCCACCAUUCAAAAGAUCAGAGAUGUGUUGCCCACGACUGGAGAAGAGAAGAUCACGGCCGAGGAGGUGGACGAGGUUGAUUGGGAGGUCGUCAAGGAUAUGGAGGACUUUGGCGCUGGAUCUGGAGACCCGAGGGCUGCUGAGUGGGAAGACGAUUCCGAGGAAGAGGGCGAGGCUGCUCAGUGCGCGCAGCAAUAG